CAGACCUUAUAUAAAUACACUGCGAUUGUGGCCUGCUCGUGCUCGUCUCGUGGUCUCAUCUUUAGUCCAAAAUUUUUAGCGAAUCAACGGUCAGGAUGGUGAAGGCGUACCCAGCGGUGAGCGAGGAGUACCAGAAGGCGGUGGAGAAGGCGAAGAAGAAGCUCCGGGGAUUCAUCGCCGAGAAAAAUUGCGCUCCGAUCAUGCUCCGAUUGGCGUGGCACUCAGCGGGAACGUAUGAUGUGAAGACGAAGACGGGAGGGCCGUUCGGGACGAUCAGGUACUCGGCGGAGCUCGCUCAUGGUGCUAACAAUGGGCUGGACAUCGCCGUCCGUUUGCUGGAGCCGAUCAAGGAGCAGUUCCCCAUCCUCUCCUAUGCUGACUUCUACCAGUUGGCUGGAGUUGUGGCUGUGGAGGUAACUGGUGGACCUGAGAUUCUGUUCCAUCCGGGAAGAGAGGAUAAGCCUGAACCCCCUGAGGAAGGCCGGCUGCCUGAUGCUAAGAAAGGUUCUGACCAUCUUAGGGAUGUGUUUGGUCACAUGGGUUUAAGUGAUCAGGAUAUUGUUGCUCUGUCCGGUGGGCACACAUUGGGAAGGUGCCACAAGGAGCGUUCUGGUUUUGAAGGGCCUUGGACUGCAAACCCGCUUAUCUUUGACAACUCCUACUUCACUGUGCUCCUGAGCGGAGAGAAAGAAGGCCUUCUGCAGCUUCCUUCUGACAAGGCCCUUCUCACUGACCCUGUUUUCCGUCCCUUGGUGGAUAAAUAUGCAGCAGAUGAGGAUGCCUUCUUCACAGACUACGCCGAAGCUCACUUGAAGCUAUCUGAGCUUGGAUUUGCUGAGGCUUGAGGUAGCUCUUAUCUUUUCCAUUUGAAGUGCAGGUGACAUUCUGGAGACCAACAUAGAAAUGAAAGAAACAUCUCUGUAAUAAGAUAAUCUAUCAUUUUUCUCCUCAUCAAUCACCUUAGUUUGAGAUGCUUAUCUUGCUGUUUUGUUUCUUGUUUGCAUUAAAACUUAUAAAAUGCUAGUUAUUUUGUCAUGUCUUUGGAAACUAUCUUGUGUUUGUUUCAUAGAUGAAAAUGGGUUGAAAUUUGGGUGA